CACGAGCCUCCAAAACCAAAACCCAAAGACCAACCUCCCUUUUAUCUUCUUCUCUUUCCUUUUAUUUUUUUUUGUAUUUAAAUUUUUUAUUUUUUCUGUACAAUUAUCUCGCAAUAAUCUCCUCGAUUAGGAAACAGGAAUCGCCUGGUUCGAUUGUGUGACUCGAGAUCGGCCAAACCAAGCAGCGGGUGAAUGGAAACGAUGAGGUGCUUUUUCUUGUUCUUUUUUCUUUUGCAGAUAACUAAUAAAGAUGGAAUCUCAUGAUGAAACCGGAUGCCAAACUCCAGACCGCCCUAUCCUUUGUGUUAACAACUGUGGAUUCUUUGGAAGGGCCGCUACAAUGAACAUGUGUUCAAAAUGUUACAAGGACACACUCCUAAAGCAGGAGCAAGCCAAUUUUGCUGCUUCAUCCAUUGACAGCAUUGUGAAUGGCAGCAGUAGCAGCAUUGUCAUUGGCCCAGUAGUUGCAGGUGUUGUUGAUGUGCAAGCUGGACAAGUGGAGACAAGAGUUGUUUCAACAGAACCAUCCAUUGACUCGUCUUCGAGCAUGGUGUUUGAGGUGAAAGACAGAGAGGGGCCAAGCAGAUGCACUACUUGCCGAAAGCGUGUUGGUUUAACUGGCUUCAAUUGCAAAUGUGGAAACACCUUCUGUGCAAGUCAUCGUUAUUCAGACAAACAUGACUGUCCUUUUGAUUAUAGGACUGCUGGUCAAGAUGCUAUUGCAAAAGCCAAUCCUGUCGUCAAGGCAGAGAAACUUGAUAAGAUCUAGUACUGAUGGGCUGAACUGAAGAUUUGUGUAUUGAAAGAUGAUGGUUCUCUUUCUUGGUUUCGUGUCUUGUUAAGUCUCCUAAUGGUAAAAAUGCUUAAGUCAUGAUAAUGAGGACAUGACUUUAUGGGAACUCUAUUCCCAGUUGGUGAAGUAUUCCUUUGCUGGCUCCAGUGUGUAAGUCUUUAUUAUUGUUGGUUUGAUGGAUGUCUUUGGAGCAAUGUUUCAGUGUGGUCCUCUGCUCGGUAUGCAUUUCUUUAUGGCAGUACAUGGAAAUAUGAAAUUUUCAGCUUUCAGUACAAUUAUGUUGUGCAAUUAAAACUUCCUUAAGUUGUUUGUUUUGCAUUUUCAUUCUGUAUAUGUGUGCCCGGCUUGUUUUGAAAUUUGAAAUCAUGUUGUUAAAA